GCAACAUCGCCUCAUUCGUCUCUACAAUGUUCAGCACUCAACAUGUCGUGAAUUAGUACGUAAUUGCAAUCAGCUUAAAAAAUUGAAAAAAGAAAAACAGUUCAUUUGCUCGGAGUUAGGUGCUCCAGUGGAUGAACAUCUCCCAAACUCCUGUUUGUUUAUUUAUUUGACAAUUUGCAACUGAAAAUGUCUGGUGGCGUGUUACUAAGCAAGGAUCUACCUGACAUUGAAAAUUUGCUACGUCUCAAUCCCAAAGUGAAACAUUACACGAAUUUAAUACCUUCGGUGGAGACUAAGCGGAAUAAACAUCACUGGAAACGCAAUAUCGAAGAAAAAUGUAAUACGUGCACCCUGACGAACAACUUCGAGGACAUAAAACACACGACCUUGAGUGAACGAGGUGCCCUGAAGGAAUCGGCGCGAUGUUUGAAAUGUGCGGACGCGCCGUGCCAGAAGGGCUGUCCAACUCAAAUCGACAUAAAAUCCUUCAUAACAUCGAUAUCAAACAAGAACUACUAUGGAGCAGCUCGAGAGAUUCUAUCGGACAAUCCCCUGGGCUUGACUUGCGGCAUGGUGUGUCCAACAAGCGAUUUGUGCGUCGGUGGUUGCAACCUGGCAGCGACGGAGGAGGGGCCGAUCAACAUCGGGGGUCUGCAGCACUUCGCCGUCGACAUCUUCAAGAAGAUGAGGAUCAAGCAGACGAGAAUACCAGGACAGUCAGUGAAGCACGCCACCACGAGGAUCGCCCUGAUGGGGUGCGGUCCGGCGUCUCUGUCCUGCGCGACCUUCCUGGGACGGCUCGGUUAUAAGAGCAUAAAGAUCUACGAGAGGGAGAGCUUUCCAGGUGGUCUAAGUUCCUCAGAGAUUCCGCAGUACCGUCUACCCUACGACGCCGUCAACUUCGAGAUUGACCUAGUGAAGGACCUGGGGGUGGAGAUCGAGUACGGAAGGUCCCUCUCGACGUGUGAUCUUACCGUCGACACGCUCAGGGCCUCUUACGACAUCGUCUUCCUGGGGAUUGGACUGCCGCAGGCCAAAGUCAUUCCCAUCUUCUCCGGUCUCACCGAGGCAUCCGGUUUCUUCACCUCUAAGGGCUUUCUCCCUCGUGUCUCCAAGGGCAGCAAGCCAGGAAUGUGCGCCUGCAAGUGUUCUCUGCCUUCACUUCAUGGUAAUGUCAUCGUACUGGGAGCCGGGGACACCGCCUUCGACUGCGCCACGUCGGCCCUUCGCUGCGGCGCAAAACGUGUAUUCGUCGUCUUCAGGAAGGGCUUCACGAAUGUCCGAGCGGUUCCAGAGGAGAUGGAUCUCGCACGCGAGGAGAAAUGUGAGUUCAUACCCUUCCAGUCCCCGCAGCAGGUGAUUCUGCAUCCGAUGACGGGAAAAAUCGUCGCCGUGGAGUUCGCCAGGACGGAACAGACGGAGUCCGGCGAGUGGAUCGAAGAUCUCGAUCAAGUGACAAGACUCAAGGCGGAUUUCGUUAUCUCUGCGUUCGGUUCUGGGCUUUCAGACGAGGAAGUCAUCUCCGCGAUGGCCCCGUUAAGGCUGAAUAAGUGGGGCCUCCCGGAGGUCAAUGUCAUCACUAUGGAGACCUCUGAGCCCGGGGUAUUCUGCGGUGGAGACCUCGCUGGAAUCGCACAAACAACUGUGGAAUCUGUGAAUGACGGAAAAGUCGCUGCCUGGAGCAUUCACAGGUACAUCCAGGAGUCUCACAACGAGAGCGUCCCCGAGACACCUUCCCUUCCAAAAUUCCACACGGAGAUUGAUGAUGUCGAUCUUAGCGUCCAAGUCGGCGGUUUACGCUUUGAAAAUCCCUUCGGCCUGGCGUCAGCACCACCUGCCACCACCAGCGCCAUGAUCCGACGGGCCUUCGACGCCGGCUGGGGCUUCGUCGUCACGAAAACCUUCAGCCUCGACAAGGACCUGGUGACCAACAUCUCCCCUAGAAUCGUCAAAGGAACAACCUCGCGUCACCACUACGGACCGGAACAAAGCAGCUUUCUAAAUAUCGAAUUGAUAUCGGAAAAAACGGCCGCCUACUGGUGCCGCAGUGUGACAGAACUAAAACGGGACUUCCCCGAUAAAAUCAUCAUAGCGAGCAUCAUGUGCUCGUAUAACGAAUCUGAUUGGACGGAUCUAUCGAGACUUGCAGAGGGCGCUGGAGCUGACGGCCUUGAACUCAAUCUGUCGUGUCCCCACGGCAUGGGUGAGUCCGGGAUGGGCCUGGCGUGUGGUCAAGAUCCCGUUCUGGUAGAGAACAUCUCCAAAUGGGUCCGGAGGGCCGUGAAGAUUCCAUUCUUCGUGAAACUCACCCCCAAUAUCACAGAUAUCACGGUGAUCGCGAGGGCCGCACACGCUGCAGGUGCAUCCGGGGUUUCCGCCAUUAAUACUGUCUCCGGGCUGAUGGGCCUUCAAGGGGAUGCCACCCCUUGGCCCGCCGUUGGCACGAAAAAACUCACGACUUACGGUGGAAUUUCCGGGAAUGCAACUAGACCGAUGGCUCUGCGCGCCAUUUCUGCGAUUGCGCAGACACUCCCGGGAUUCCCCAUCUUGGGCAUUGGGGGUGUGGAUUCCGCGGAGGUGGCGCUGCAGUUUCUGCACUGCGGUGCGUCCGUCGUGCAGGUCGGCAGUGCUAUACAGAAUCAAGAUUUUUCAUUAAUAGAUGAUUAUUUAACCGGACUUAAGGCCCUUUUGUAUCUGGAGGCGAAGGGUCUGCCAGGUUGGGACGGACAGAGUCCACCGACGAUGAAGCAUCAGAAGGGAAAGCCUGUUGCUCUGCAGCAUGCCCUCGGCAAACAUGUCCCGUACUUUGGGGAAUACCAGCUCAUGCGCUUGAAGGCACAAGCGGAACUUAAAGCCAAAUCUGAUCCAUUGGCGGGUGAUUCAAAUCAAGAUAACGACGUGGCGCGAAAUUCUGGGACGCCUGAAGGGAUUCCCACGAUUCGGGAAGUUAUUGGGAAGGGGCUGGGCCAUAUUGGGCCCUACAAGCGCCUGGAUAAUACCCAGCAGGUGGUGGCGCUAAUCGAUGACGACAUGUGCAUCAACUGCGGCAAGUGCUACAUGACCUGCGCUGAUUCCGGAUAUCAGGCCAUCGAGUUCGAUGCGGAUACCCAUAUUCCUAGGGUCAACGAUGACUGCACUGGCUGCACCCUCUGUCUCUCCGUCUGUCCCAUCAUUGAUUGCAUUACAAUGAUCCCGAAGACGAUUCCCCAUAUUGUGAGGCGAGGCGUGGCAACCACUAGCGAAAAUGGCAAUGUGCAACUGGCGUAUUGAUGAUAAUUAUCAAGUUUUUCAUUUUUUUUCUUAUAAAUUUAUUGAGUCUUGUAAUAAACAGCAAUUUAGAAAAUAA